ACACUUUCAAAACAAAGAAAUUAAAGAAGCAUGGCGCACUUUCGGAAUUUCAAUCUUUUUCCUGCGUAAAUUCUAAUGAAGAAUUUAAUAAAAAAAAAAUUUCUAUGCAUAAUGUGAAUUAGAAUAAAAUCUCUCUUGAUGCAAUUUCGAUGUGUUUAAUUUAUAUUCGCAGCAUUUCAUUCAUUUUCUUCAUAUAUUUUCCUAAUUAUGAGUCCUCGAAAAGACAAACCUUCUGUAUCCCAGGAUGUCAGCAUAAGUAAAUCUAAAAGGAAAGGAGUACAGAAAAUCAAAAUUUCCUCUAAAGUUAAACCAGUUAAGCUUCGUAAAAAUGUAGUUGGAGAAAGUUUAGAGAAAGCAGAUCUUAAAACAGUAAUUUCUCCAAAAGCUGUCAGAAACAAAGAAACAGCUCCCAAAAAUCUAAAAAAAAUUUUAUCUACUGAAAUACUCCCAAAAUCUUGUGAAAAAUGUCUGAUUUCAGAAAAAAGUGCAUCUUGUUCCAAGCAGGCAAGUUCUGAAAAAAUAAAAGUUGCAGUUACAGAAACAGAAAGUACACUAAACAGAAAAAAGCAUCCCAAAAGUAAAAUAUCUAAAAGUAAAUUGCAUGAAAUUAAAAAUACUAUUACUGAUUCAAGAACUAAAGUUAUUACCUCUUCUAAGAAUGAAAUGUGUACAGGAGAAAAUUUAAGUACUAAAAAGCCUGUUACUCUUAAAAAAAGGUUAAAUAUUAAAAGACACCCCAAAGUUAAAGAUCAAAUAACAUUGCCUGUCGAUGUAGAGGAAAAUUUAAUCUCUUCUAAGAAUGAAAUGUGUACAGGAGAAAAUUUAAGUACUAAAAAGCCUGUUACUCUUAAAAAAAGGUUAAAUGCUAAAAGACACCCUAAAGUUAAAGAUCAAAUAACAUUGCCUGUCAAUGUAGAGGAAAAUUUAAUCUCAUCUAAGAAUGAAAUGUGUACAGGAGAAAAUUUAAGUACUAAAAAGCCUGUUACUCUUAAAAAAAAGUUAAAUAUUAAAAGACACCCCAAAGUUAAAGAUCAAAUAACAUUGCCUGUCGAUGUAGAGGAAAAUUUAGAAUUGGUUAAAGAAGACAAUUCAAGCCUUCAAAUUCUUUUAAAUGAAAAAAAUUCAGAAAGUCAUCAAGAUUCUGAUUCAAACUCCAGUCUAGAAUCUGCUAAGAUUAGCGAUUCCUCUGUAUUAUAUUUUCCUUUUGGAGGAAUGGGGGGAAAAUUAUCGGCUUUUAAAAGCAGAUACAAAACUAAGAUGUUGGCUUUAAAUUCUCCUAGAAGAAGCCAUGGAGGAAAUAAGGCACUUCCGCUUCUAAAAAAGAAGCAAAAUAAAGGAAAAAUUCAAGCUGAAGUAAACAAAAGUAAUUUUAAGUGUUUGAACAACAAAAUUUCUUCCAAUACGUCUAAAAAUAUCAAAAGUGUAAAAUGUAUUCAAGGGAGGAAAAGAUUAAGUAAAAAAAUAAAUAACCAUCAAAUUUGCAAAGUAGAAAAUAUUCAUGUAAAAGAAAAUUCUGAAUUUAACACAUCAACAAGUGGUACUAAUGAAUGUAAUCAAGCAUUGGUAGAAAAUGUUCUUGCACAGCGUUUAAAAGUGUUAAAGAACAUGAUGCAAUGUUCUAGUGUAAAAUCAUGUGAAAGUGAUUCCAUUGCAGCUGAAACAAACUUGAUAGUGAGUGAUAAUCUUAAAAAAGAUCAACAAAAUGACUCAAACUUAUUUCCCUUUAAUACUAACAUGACAAUUUAUGAAUGCAGUCCAGAGGAUCUGGGAAUAGUUAAACCUAAUUUGCCAAAGUAUGUAGAACCUAUUGAUUCAACAUUUAAUUGCUUAAAUGAAAAUUUCCAACAAAGUAUAAGUCCAUCGAAAAAUCCGAUAAAUAGUUUAUUUAAUAAUGAAGAAAUUUCUUAUCCUUUUAAAGCUGAUCAAACAAAUAAUAUAUGUAAUCUUAGUUUUGAUCUUUUUGGUAUAACAGAUCCUGAUAUAAAUAAUUAUUUGCAAAAUGAGUUAUUGUAUGAUGAACCUUUUGAUUCCACGGCUGAAUUUCUGACAAAUUCCUGUGAAGAACCAGAAGAUUUAAAAAUUGAGCCUGUUCUUAAUUAUGAUUUGAAGGGAGAAAAUGACCCUUAUGCUAACCCAGUGGAUAUGCCUAUGUUAAUAUCAGCUUAUAAACAUUUUGUUUCGAAAUAUAAUCCAACUAUUACUACUACUGAUUCACCUAUAUUUAAAAAUUCACAAACUCCUCAAGAAAGUUUAGAAUCACAAGAAAAUUUUAAUUGUGAACCAAAGACAAUGCUGGAUACUUUAAGUGAAAAUUUCAAUAAUGAAAUUAAUAGCAACAAAAUUGAUGUAACUAGAAGAGAAGAGAGUAUACAGGAAACUCUACAUGCUUUAGUUAGUCACCCUAUUUCUCAGGUAAAUAAUGAGAAAACAGAUUUUAAUUAUAAAGGUCUAGAUUUAGAUCAGGGGGACAUCUGUAUUAAUAACUGUGAUAAACUUGGUGAAGUUGAAAAUGAAACUUCAAAUCUUGAUGAUGGCACUUCUAAUAAACAAGUGCCUAAACAGUGUGUAACUCAACCAAGAAAGAAAAAGAGGGAAAUCUGGAGUUAUAAAAAAAGAAGAAAAGUGAAAUCCUCAAAAAAGAUAUGUAGGUCUAUUUGCAUUGACAAUAAUGUAUGUAAAACUCAGAAGUUAAACAAAACCAAAGAGAUAGGUGAAAUGAACACUGAUUCAUAUUUAACCGUUAAUUCGGUUCUGAAACCAGAUGAACAACAUAUGUUACUUUCAAUUUCUUUAAAUAGAAAUAAAACUAGCACUUUAGCUAAUGUUAACCAGUGUACUCCAAAACAUGUUGAUACAAAUUCUAUUGAAACUUUCAAAAUGGAAAAUAAGAGCAAAAACAGUAGUAAUGUUUUAAAAAACUUGGUUCCUGGAAACAUGUUAACUCCUGAGAUGGAUAAAGAUCUUAUUAACAAUUUAAAUCAGUGUUCUAUGUUGUCUGAAGAAGUGAGUAGUAAUACCAAUUCUGUUGGCCUAAACAUUUCUGGGAACAUACCUUGCUUUAAUACAGCAUUUACAAGUGAAGAUUUAAAUAAUUUAACUCCUGUUAGUGAAAUUCAUGAACCACAAUUCUUUGUUGAAAAUAUAGAUGUUGACCAAUUACAAGAUAAAAUUACACCAAAAGUAAUUCAAGCUAUUGGUGCAAAGAGACUAAGUCAAUCUGAACUACAGCCAAUGUUGAACAAUCAUAAUGUUGUAAAUUCAAUGAAUCCUAGUCUAAAAAUAACUUUGGCAAAAGAAUGUUGCUCUAAAUUAGAAUGCAAAGAACUUCUAAGUUCAGAAUAUUCAAUGACUUUUUCCAAUAGUAAUGAUGUCUUCCUUAAUUUUACUGAAAGUCAAAAGCAACCUCUUUUAACUGACAUUGAAUUUCAGCAAAAUAAAGGUUUAUCAGUUAAUGAGCAUUUACAGUGUUCUUCAUCUGAGGAAAAAGAAAAUUUAUUUUUGCCAGAGAAUUCUGAAGGAACUUCAGAAAACUCAAAGCAAGUGAGAGAAACUUUAACAGAAAGGCAGUUGGAAGAAAUAAACAGGCAAAAAGAAGCUUCUGAAAAUGUUAGUCAAAAAGAAACCUUGGGAAUUGUUAGACACGAAGAAGUUUUAGAAAGUUCUAUGCCAGAAGAUACUUUUGAAGGUGGGCUUAAGUUAAUUGCAGAUGAUAUUAGAUUGUCUGAAAUUAAUGGAAAAGCUGAAAACCUUGAAGUCAAAGAAAUGGUUAAGACAGUUAAAUUAAGUAGUGAAACUGAUUGUAAAGGUGAUAAAUAUUUCUUUUUAAAUCAUGAAGUGUCUCUCCCGGACAAUGAUCAUUUAAAAGUUACAUUUCGAACUACAGAAAAUGACUCAAAAAUAAAUCAAUUUAAAUUACUAAAUUUGAAAGGUGUUAAUAAGCAUAUAUUUUCUGCCAAACAACUCUUGAAAAACAAGAGUAAUUCUGUAGAUGAUAAUAUAAAGGUGGUAAUAGAUAAUAUGCAUCGUAAAGUUAAAUAUGAUUCUGAAAAAUCUGAUGCUGGUAGAAAAAAUUCUAAAUCACCAAAAAAUCUAAUUGUGGAAGAAAAUGAAAAGCAGCUAGUCUAUGAAAACCAAAACAUGGGAAAUCAGCUUUUAAAUGUGAAACAAUUAAUGAGCACUAAGUGUUCAAAUGAAGAAUCGCUAGAACAAUUGCAGAUAUCUUUGUCAGGAAAGCAAGUACUAACUGAAUCAAAAGACAACAGAGCUUGUGAUAAGUCAAAAUUUGAUUCUGAAAAAACUGAUAGUGGUAGAAAAUGUAAAUUAGACACAAUUCAAAGUUGUGUAGAAAAUGGGAGCUCUCCAACUUAUGAAAACCAGUUUAUAGAAGAAAAACAAUUGAACGAAACUGUAUGUUCAACACAUGGAAACCAAAAGCAAACAAUGACAUCGAUAUCAGACAACCAAGUACCUGCGAAAGAAAAUAAAAAGUCAUGCAAGGCUAAACCUUCAUUGAAAAUCUGUAGCCUUUUUGAUUUGGCUGUUGGAAAAAAACUGACCAAACCAAAAAGUAAAAUUUCAAAGAAAAAAUCAACUGAGGUAAAAGACACUUCAGAUAAUCACAAGGAAAUUCCCAAUGACAAUAAUCUAUCAUGCAAAUCUAAACUACCAAAAAAGGUUUCUGCAAGUAAGACAAAAACAUCAGAAACAGUAUCUGACAGUGAUAUUCUAAAAUAUAUUAAAUCAUCUGAUGCAGAAAUCAAAGUAAAAAAGAAAACUAAGUCUAAUAAUGAAAUUCUAAAAUAUAAUGGGUCAUCUUAUGUUACACAAAAUCACCUGUCAGAGAAGUGCCAAACAUCACCAUCCAAAAACAACCCAUCAAGCCACACUUCACUAUUAUCAAAGAAAAAUGGCCACUCUGAAAUAUUCAACAACAACCAGUCAGUACAAGAUGAUUUGAAUCUUGUCACUAACUUUUAUUCUGAUGAGGAUUCUUGCCAGAAUUGUUAUGAAACUUCUGUCAGUGUUCCGCAGGCUCAUGUAAAUGGUAAUGAUCCAGUUCCUAAAAACAACUCUGACACUUUUAGAACUCCUUGUGAGCAAGAAAAGAGAGCAAAAAAUUUCACAUAUUUUAAUAAUGUUGAUGAUGAGUUAAUUCUUGAUUUUGAAGGAGAAUCUGAAAUUGAUACUGAAUCACUUAGAGAUUGGUCUGUUAGCAAUGGGACUCAAUCACAAUUUAAUAAAUAUAUCCCUCCUGGUGAUAGAGGAAAAUAUUCAUUCGAAAAUGGUCUUGAAAUAAAUUCUGCUUUUGAUGAGGGUCCAUCAUCUUUGAAUAUCAACGAUUCCAUUUCUGAACUAUUUGUGACUGAGCAAGCAGUGAAGAAUUUACAGCAAGAUUUUAAAAUCAGACGUACUCCUAAGUGGACAAGAAUGAGUGGUUGCUCUUCUGAAGACUCGGAUGAUGAUGAACAUUCUUUUAAGAGGAGAAGAGCUGACCAACAGGAUGAAGAUACCUCAUCAAAAUAUAGUAUUAGUACCAGUUCAGAAAAGUCACAGCAAUCCAGAAAAUCUUUUAAAAACCAUGCACAAGAAACACUAACCAAUAAGUGUGUACCUAGUUCUCCUUCCAGAAAUGAAUCUAACCCUCAGAUACCUUUGGAUGAUGGGAAAAGUAUGCAUGAAAUUUUAGAUCUUAUUGAAAGAAAAUGUAGAAAAAGGAGCAUAAAUGAAGCUUUAGAAGUAGCUAGAAAGUACAUACCAGUUAGUUCAGAAGAUACCAAACUAGUUAUUAUUAAAAGAUUGUUUACUAAUACUAUAGAGUGCUUAAAAUCUCGUCACAGUUAUGUGGACAGUGAAGCUUGUGAAAGAACUUUUGCUAGCAUUUGUGAAAUUAUGCACAAUUCUAAUCUUUAUGAAACUGAAUUAUGUUCUAUGAUAGUUUUUGAAUGCAUACAGAUCGAUAAUUACAGCUAUGCUGAUAGCAUAUUAUGUGCCUGCAAAGAAAAAUAUAUACCUUUAUUACCUGAUGCUAUAUCAUCUUAUGCUAAUCUUUUAAUUUCAAGAGAAUCUUCUAUAAUAGAAAGUUUAAAUUUUCUUGAAUUUGUUAAGUGUGUGUGCAAUUUACCUUUACCAAAAUAUUUGUUGCACAAAGCUUUAGAGUCUUGUCUAAAUGAGGAAAACGUUUUCCGCAUUCCUAUAUCCGAAGAGCUUAAACUGAUUUCAAGUGUUUUAUGUGGUAUAAAUUCAGAUGAUGUUGAUUGCUGUCUUAUGCAAAAAUUCCUACUUUGCUGCAUUGACAAUGAGCACUGGGGAAAGAUUGCGGAACUCUUUCGAGCUUGGAUUAAAAAAAGUGCAUUAUGUGAUUGUUUGUGUCAGGUGUUAGUGAUAAAAGCUGAAGAUUGUGGCUCAUCUUAUGAAAAGUUUGCCGCUGCUCUUCAUGGUGAUAUGAAUGAUGAACUUCCCAUGCAUCAUGCUGCACGCUUUGGACAAAUUGGUGUCCUGUUAAUGUUGGAAGCCUUUUCAAACGGGCAUCAUAAGUCUGCUUUAGAAAUUUUGUAUAUAUUACACCAAUAUAAAAUCAAUUACUUUGAAUUGCAAGCACCUGCCUACUACAUUAAUUACCCAACUUUAUUUACUCAAGACUUGAUUGAUCCUUUGGAAGUAUUUAUUUUCCCUUAUACUGUUGCUUUUACUGCUGUUGACAUUUGUUUGCAUUGUGAGAGACCAAUAGAUGCUUUUGAUAUAUUUCGAAAUUUUUCCUAUUUAACCACUGAGGAAAUAAGUAACCCAAAGCUCAAGUCCCAUGUAACUAUUCACAGAUUUAAUUUUCUACUGAAAAUAGCUGAACAUCUAGUUCCAAUUGAUACCUUAAAUCGGGGUGUUGACUGUAUGCAACAGCUUUUGUCAACAGCUGAAAAGGACUUUGCCAUGGAAGAAAUAGUGGAUUUUAAAAAAAAUUUAGGAUUGGUCUAUGAUGAAUGCUUGAUACGUCUUUUGAAUCUUGAGCAAAUUAAAAUUGCUCAUGAGUUGUCCCAGCACAGUAAUGGUCCUCUGCGAGAAAUUUUGAAGCUCAAACCUCAAGUUUUAAGAGGUCUUGUUAUCUCCUAUGCGCAGACUGAACGAUUAGCUGAAGCCAAAGAAUUAUUUAAAAUGGGGUUAUUUAUGAGAAAUGUAUAUUGUAUUAAAAAACCUGAAAUUGAUGAUCCAUCUUGGUGUUUAACCAUUGUUUCUUCAUGGACAAAAUAUGAAAUAAAAUUAGCCAUAGAAGUAUAUGUAGAAAUGCUUUUUCCUGUCCUGUUUUUGAAACAUAGUAAGUCAGAUGAUGAAGGUUACACCAUUAGGAUCAAAUUUGAAGAGGACAAAAUUAUUUAUUAUGAUGUUAAUUGCUUGGAACAGCUAUCAAAGCGUACUGAAUCUGUAAUGAAUAGGACAAGGAAUGUUUUAACAAAUUUAGAUUCAGAAUUAACAUGGACAGAGGAUCCAGUUCAUAAAGUUUUGAUAGUUCAAGCUGAAACAUUUUAUAAUUUCUGGAAAAAGAAAAACAAUUCUGAAGGGUGUGUACCAACAUUUUUGAAGCUUCCCAUCAUAAGUUCAAGAAAAAAGAUCUUACAUACGUCAGAAAAAUCAGAUAAUGUGAUACCUUCUGGACAAAGUGAAACUAUGGUGAUGACAAACAGUCCUACCAGAGGAAUAACUACAGGGAAUAAUUUAAGAAAGAGUUGUGAUGAUGAAAUAGCUAGCUCUUCAGAUGUUUCCUUAUCCUCUUUAAGUUUACCAAACUCUGUAGAGUUAUCUCCACUAAAGUAUCAUGUACCCAAUGAUACAUGUUAUAAAAGCAAGCUAAACUUCCAAAGUCAAGAAGUUGACGAUACUGAUAAAGUUGAAUCAAUAGGCAUUUCAAACUCUCUGUCAGAUAAUCAGGGUGAUUUAGAUAGCAAUGAUGCAUUUCACAAUAACGUUGUAAAUAAAGAUUUUUUAAGCACCCUACAAAAUUCUGGUUCAUUAAAUUCCAAAGCUCAUUCAUCUCCAGCGAAAAACUGUGUUUCAUUGAAAGAACCAUCUCCUUUUAGUGUUAAAAAUAAAACUUCAGAAUUAAAGUCUUCAUCUAUAAAAUCGAAUCCUUCUGAACAGACUGAAUUACGCAAAUCAACUAAUCCGUUUUCUUCUCACAUUGGGAACCAAGGUCCAAUGAGUGCUAGAAGUUGUUUUAGAACUGGUAAUAAAGUUCUUAAAAAACUGAAGGUUUCUGGGCAAAGUAAGACUAUUCCUUUAACCUCAACCUCAAAUCUGAAUUUUGCACCUGCUAGUUCUGGUACCUUAAGUGUUGUGACUGCUUCUGAAGGAUUGCCGCAACCUAUUGUUCCAGGCAAAUUUGCAUCUAAAUGUAGGCAAAAGCCUAUUAACAUUGAUGGUUUCUCUCAUUUUAGUGAUGAAGACCAUUCUAAGAUAAUACAGUUUUUACGCACUAAAAUACUUCUGAAACAUAAAGAAUUGAAAGCUGAGGAACUGUAUGAGAAGGCUGCAUCCCUAGCAAAGUCUUUUAUUCAAGAGAACAAUGUACAAUAUAAACUUGAUAGAAAAGGCAUGAAACUUCUUUCAGAGUUUGCGGUUAACAAUGUGUGAGAUCUAUUGCACCACGGCUUGCUUUCUCUUUCCUUUUUAAAUUUUAAUGGUAUUACUUUCAAAAUAUUUUUGUAUUGUAAAAUAAUUCUAAUUACUUGUGUAUGUCUUUUUUAUUCCCUGAAAAAAAAAAUUUAUCAUGAGUUUUAGGUACAGUUAAUUUUGUUCCUAUGAUAGCAGUAAUCUAGUUCAUAGAUCUUUUAUUUUGCAUUUAUUUUUAAGAAAAAGAAUUCCGUUUCAAGCAUUUAUAUUUCAAUAUGCCAUAUGUAUAUGAAUAUGUUAAAGUUGUUUUUCUUUAUGUACAGUACAUUAUGUUUAAGACUAACUCAGGUGUGAUAUGUUAUUGUUUAUUCAGAAAAUAAAGUUGUUUUCACUUGA